AUGUCUCUGGUUUGGCUGAUGCUGCUGUUCUCAGAGAAGCCGAAGCGGUCGGCUCUGAACCAGCUGACCAGGACCCUCCUGAGGAAAUACGACUGCGGAGUUCGGCCGGUUCACAACUGGACCAGUGCUACCACCGUGUCCAUAGACCUCAUACUGCAGUCUGUGCUCGAUGUGGAUGGAAAGACACAGAGCAUUACUAUUAGUAUUUGGUACAGACAGAUCUGGACUGAUGAGUUCCUGGUUUGGGAUCCAGAAGAGUUUGAUGGCAUCAACGAGAUCUCACUCUCGUCUGAUGCGAUCUGGAUACCCGAUGUUAUCGUUAGUGAAUUUGUGAACGCAGGGAAAUCCCCACCAAUCCCCUACGUCUACGUCAACUCCUCUGGCUCGGUGAAGAACUACCGACCCAUGCAGGUGGUGCUGGCCUGCAGCCUUGAGAUGUACGCCUUUCCGUUUGACAAGCAGAACUGCAGCCUCACCUUCCGCAGCUGGCUUCACUCAGUGAAGGAGAUAGACCUGACUCUGUGGAGGAGUGCAGAGAACAUCGCUCAUGAUCAGGGGGAGUUCAUGAAUGACGGAGAGUGGGAACUGCUGUCCAUCCCUUCACGCUACUGGCAAAUCCACCAGGACGAGACCGACUACGCACACAUCCAGUUCAAUGUUCUGAUCCGCCGGCGCCCCCUGCUGUAUGUGGUGGGUCUCCUCAUCCCCAGCAUCUUCCUCAUGUUGGUGGAUGUGAUCAGCUUCUAUCUUCCUCUGAACAGUGGCGUACGCAUCGCCUUUAAGAUCAGCAUACUGCUGGGAUACACCGUGUUCAGAGUCAACCUGACGGAUGAUCUGCCCUCGUCUGCCGUCACCACUCCUCUCGUAGGUGUGUUCUUCGUGGUGUGCAUGGCCAUGCUGAUGCUCAGCCUCAUCAAAUCCAUACUGGUGGUGAAGCUGCUCCACCACAGCGAGAAGGAGGUCAGACAAAUGUCGGUGUCCGCCUGCCUGCUGGACAAGUACGGCUCAGGUGGUCCCAGCUUCACUGAGAGCGCCUUAACCUCCAUCAAGACCCUCGACCACAUCAACACGUCUGGAGAUUACGAGCUGGAGCCCUCGCUGGACGGGGAUUUGUUGUCUCUGACUGAAAUCCAGGUUGCUCCAUCUGGGCCCGAGUGGCUCCUCCAGGAACUGGUCUCCCUCCGCUUGGCUUUGUCUCAGGAGGACACAGAGUCUUCGGCUCAGGCUGAUUGGCUGGCCCUCUGUUCUAAGCUCGACCGCCUGCUGUUCCGUCUCUACCUGUUGGUUCUGGCCGUGUACGCCGCUACUCUGCUGCUGCUCUGGGCCAGCUGGAGCUUUGCCUGA